AGUCAAUUUCACUUCAUUUUUAUGUCGUUUUAUAUUCUUUAUGGAAAAGAGCAAAGAAAUCUCUUCUUAAUCCAACAACACAAAUUUAAGUGUAAUUGCUAUAAAAUCCGACUUCCCCUGAUAAUAAAUUUCAAUCUCAAUGUGAGAUAAAGUGUGUUUUUGUAGCUCUCUCUGCAACCUUGCAGAAGUGGAGUUGAACAGAGAGGGAGGGAGGAGGAGUAGUCGGCGUUUCCCUCCAGACAUACAUCAUUUCAACCUGCAGCUGCUGCCACGGACAUGGAGACUACAGCACUGCAGGAAUAACUGAGUCCACUACAGGAUUCAAUUUACGGACUUUCUCCUCUCAAGGAGCGCCGGUAUUGGUGCCGCUAAUAAUGUGCCGGAGGAGUUCAGUCUUGCAGCUGUCUCUGGGCUAAACCUGCCAACCUUGAAACGGGAGGUCGGUUCGGACGGCCACAACGUCUUGGUACCGCUUCUGCAGCAGCAAACCGGAUCUCACGUCCAACCUGGAGACAUUUUUUUUUUUUUUUUUGCUGCAUUCACGAUGAUCUGAGCGUGACUUCUUGGCGCUGAGUAGAGGCGAUCCUCCUCUCUCGCUCUUUCUCUCUACCCCCUUCCUUCCUUCCUUCCUUCCUUCCUUCCUUCCUUCCUUCCUUCCUUCCUUCCUUCCUUCCUUCCUUUCUCUCUCGCCUCCCCCUCCUCCCUUGCCCGCCUUUUCUUUCUCUCUUUUCUUUUCGCGGGUUCAGCACAGGCUGCCCAGUCACUGAGCCGCUGUUUUCCAGCGCCGGGGAAGCCGACAGCGAUGGGACGACUCGGUUUCAGCACCACGGAGAGCGCCCGACUUUCACCGUUCAGUGUGUUGGGUGUGCUGCUGGCGCUGUCCGUGGUGCUGGCGGAGCAGGAGGGGGAGAACCUGUCCGGUCUCUCCAACAACCCGGACAAAGCGAUCUUCGCGGUCCGGGAGAACAGCACGACAUGCCUGAUGGUGGAAUUCGCCGUGAAAUUCCUCGUGCCAUAUGACGUGCUCGCGCUCAACGGGAUAGACCUGAUCACCGAGCAGGCGUCCUUCAUUCUGCCCCGGAAUGCAGAAAUCGAGGGGAAAUGUGGUAGCACCGAGUCAGAAAUCCACAUCUCCUGGAAGAAUAACGCCUACACGCUCCGCAUCUACUUCUCUAAGGAGUUCCGUGACAAGGGCAUCGAGGUGUGGAAGAUUAGCAGGGUCCAGUUCGUCUACGACACCUCGGAGACAUCGCAUUUCAUCAACGCGUACAACCCUGGGAAACACACAGCCAGUACCCAUCUCCUCUCGGCCCUGGUGACCCCCGCCGGCCACUCCUACUUGUGCACGGCCCAGCAGACCCUCACCCUCAUCUCCAGCGACCACCAGAAGGGCGUCACCGUCUCCAUGUACGACAUCCAGAUCCAGCCCUUCGACAUCGCCUCCGACUUCAUGUUCAGUGAACCCUACAAGUGCAUCACCGACCAGCGGGAGCGCCUGGAGGAGACCCUCCCCCUCGUCCUGGGCCUCAUUCUGGCCCUGAUAAUCGUCAUCACGCUCACCGUCUACCACUUCCACCUGAAGCUGACGGCCAACCAGCCCCAGCUCCCCAGAGAUCGCUCCAUGUACAAGAACAUGUAGUCGCCCGCUGCGUCGGCUCCGUCAGCUCUCUCCAAAGCUAAAACCUGAUAACAGACUCGUGUCCUCGACGUCCCAGGCCUCUAACACCACAGAGGAUGUUGCCCCGGCGCUGAACUGAAUCCCUGAUUGACACGUGUGUAGCCUGUACAAGUUACUGCCCACUGGAACUUUUUUGAACAGCUAAAACACAAGUUAAAGGGACAGCUUGGGGCCUAGCAUGGAUGUAGUUGGAGGGAAAACCCACCAAAAUUUACCUUGUUGCCGAUUUGAAUCCUAACGCCAUAACUAGUCUGCAUUUCACAGCUUAGAGUUUCAAUGAAAAUACAAAAAAAUAUACAGAUUUUCCUUCAGAUUGGUGGCUGGUAGUCAUCUAAACAUCUUGAGUUGACCUGUUUUUUCCAUCACAUAACAGCACCUAGCUUAGCACUACUCCCUGAGCUUCUGGCUGCUUUCAUUCGCCACCUUCUCCUCUUCUCUCUGAAACUGCUGCUAAAUAAUUUCAACACCCUUCGUCGGUUCUGUAUUUGCAAACCUCGCUAUACAUUUUGCCUUUUAUUUCCACCUUUUGAAUGCAACCAUAGUGACAGUGGACAGUCUUGUAGUGUGCAGUGCAGUGGCAUUCAGAGUCGCAAUGUUUUUGCUUUGACUUCCAAUCUUUUAUCCACAACGAUGUACGGAACAUAUCAAAAGGAAGAAAGAAACGCAUGAACAUCUGAUACAACUCAGAUGAAGAAUUCAUGAGAACGUCACAAGAGAGUGUUUAUGAAAAUGCAAGGAAGUUAAUAAAGAAUAAAAAUAAAUAGAUGUGUAAGAUAUUUUCAGAAUCAAAGUCUAUGCAUAAACCUCUGCUGAUGCAAUCUUGUGCAGUAUUCUUCUGUUCUGUUUGAAAUAAAUUGCUGGGGUCAUCUCUA